AUGUCUCAAAAUCUCACCUACCUGAUCACUGGAGCCAAUAGAGGCAUCGGAAAAGGAUUUGUUUCAGCACUGCUGCAGAAUCCUUCGACGACGGUUAUUGCCGCUGUGCGAGACCCUUCAAAGGAAUCUUCAAAAGCGCUUUCUAGCCUCCCAAAAGCAAACGAAUCGAAUUUGAUCAUAGUCAAAAUUGAUUCCUCAGUUCAUUCUGACCCCUCCAAGGCAGUUUCCCAGCUUCAAAAAGACUACAAUAUCUCGUCUAUUGACGUGGUUAUCGCAAACGCUGGCAUCAACCAUUCGCUUAAACCAGUGAUUCAGAAUACGCCUGAAGCAGUCAUUGAUCACUUCGUCGUCAAUACUGUUGGCCCUCUGGCUUUGUUUCAGGCCACUGCUGAGCUGCUGAAGGCCUGUAAAGGAAAGGGCGGCAAUCCGAUCUUUGUUCCCAUUUCUACAGCGCUUGGGACCAUUUCGGGUAUGGAAUUGCUGCAGGAUUUCCCAGCGGCAGUGAGCCCAUACGGAGGCAGCAAAGCAGCAUUGAAUUGGUUCAUUCGACGAAUUCAUUUUGAAGAACCGUGGCUGACAUCUUUCGUGUUUCACCCUGGACUGGUCCUGACGGACAUGAUUGAUUACGUGAAGGGGGAAUUAGAGGACCCGGCAUCGGCCGCGGAUGCAUUGGGCACCAUCUCCGUUAAGGAGAGUGUGUCUGGAAUGCUCAAGGUACUCAGUGGUGCUUCGAGAAACAUCAGCGGUACCUUUCAGCAGUUCGACGGCUCGACUUUUGUAUGGUGA